CACAAAAACACCUCUUUUCUCUCCUUUUUCCUUUCUUUCUCUGUACCAAACAAGAAUGGCAGAACUGGAGAUUCAAAAUCAAAACUUGAUGCCAAAACUGAUAGAUUACUUGUCUUGUUUGCUCCAAAGGGUAGCUGAAAGUAACGAUAUAAAUGGCAGAUUUCAACCACAGAAGAUUUCAGUUUUCCAUGGACUAACAAGGCCAAAUAUCUCAAUUCAAAGCUAUUUAGAGAGGAUUUUCAAGUAUGCUAAUUGUAGCCCUUGUUGUUUCGUUGUUGCUUAUGUUUAUCUUGAUCGCUUCACUCAGUGCCAGCCUUCUUUGCCAAUCAACUCCUUCAAUAUUCAUCGCUUGCUUAUUACCAGUGUCAUGAUUGCUGCAAAAUUCAUGGAUGAUAUGUACUACAAUAAUGCAUACUAUGCCAAAGUUGGAGGAAUCAGCACCACAGAGAUGAACUUUCUUGAAGUGGAUUUCCUAUUUGGAUUGGGUUUUCACUUAAAUGUGACUCCCACUACUUUCCAGACUUAUUGUGCAUAUCUUCAAAAGGAGAUGCUGUUGCUCCGGCCACCACCAAAGAAUUUAGAAGAUUCCUCCUUAAUUAUGGGAAGAUCAUCAAAGCUUCAAUAUAUUUGUUUCAAUGAAGAUGACUCGUCUGCGCAGCAGCAGCAACAACAACAACAAUUAGUCGUUUAAGAUCAAUUAAGUAGUCUUGUUAAUGUAGUAAUCAGGUAGGUUUAGGGUCUUUUUUUAUAAUGGGGUUUAGGGGUUAAACCUAAAAAUUGUACUAAAAAAAGGAUGUAUGGUUCUUGUAGUUUGCUUUGGUUUUCCUAUUUUCUGUUUGGCGACAUUUUGGGGGUGCUUUAGAACUCUUGAAAUGAAAUGGUAUGUACAGAUGGGUGCUGCUUUUGCUUUA